UGCUAGUGACUUUACACGUGCAUUUCAAGAAUGUGAACCGCAAGACUGAUUGAGCAAAUGGCCAAGUGCAAGAGGAAAUGCCUUUUCCGUUCAUGCCCCACAUUUUGUAUCCAUGCAGGUUUAAAACCCCAACCUCUAUGAACCCUGCCUUCCUCUUGUAAACAUUCAAAAUGCAGAGCACUGCACUUGCUCUGUCUCCUACAAUUUCAUUCUUCAAACCUCUAAAUAAAAACACCAACCCCAGAUAUAGUCCGCUAUCAAACCCGUCUUCUUUAAAACCAUUAGAUCUCAGUUCCAUACAUGGACUUUCAUGUCAAAAAGCUUGUUAUCUUUCUUCGUGGUCAAGCUUCAAUGCUCGAAUCUCUGAGUCAUUCGUCGUUUCAAAUGGAAGAAAUGAUGAUAGUUUUAAGGUCAGAGCAGCAUCGGUUCCUGGAAACAAAGGUGAGACAAAGGAUUCUAGUGGUUUGUCAGGGACCUUGCAACUUGGAGCCAUGUUUGCAAUUUGGUAUCUUCUGAACAUCUACUUCAACAUUUACAACAAGCAGGUUCUGAAGGUCUAUACAUUUCCAGCAACAGUUACAGCCUUCCAAGUAGGCUGUGGGACUCUGAUGAUACUUAUAAUGUGGGCAUCUAAUCUCUACCAUAGGCCAAAGCUUACUCGUUCACAGCUUGCAGCAAUCAUUCCAUUGGCUGUGAUUCACACACUUGGCAACCUUUUGACCAAUGUUAGUCUUGGGCAAGUUAAUGUCUCUUUCACUCACACUAUUAAAGCAAUGGAGCCCUUCUUCACUGUCUUAUUCUCAGUUCUGCUUCUUGGAGAGUGGCCUACUCUGUGGAUAUUAUCCUCCCUCAUACCAGUUGUAGGUGGGGUGGCAUUAGCCUCAUUCACUGAGGUAUCUUUUAAUUGGAUUGGUUUCUCCAGUGCAAUGGCUUCUAAUGUGACUAACCAAUCGCGUAAUGUGCUUAGUAAGAAGUUCAUGGUUAGAAAAGAGGACACCUUGGACAACAUCAAUCUCUUCUCUGUGAUAACCAUAAUUUCUUUUAUCCUGUUGGUUCCCACGGCCAUUUUACUGGAAGGUGUCAAGUUCACUCCUUCCUAUCUACAAUCUGCUGCAAACCAAGGCUUGAAUGUUAAAGAGCUCUGCAUAAGAUCUCUUCUGGCUGGAUUCUGUUUCCACAGUUAUCAGCAGGUCUCCUACAUGAUACUACAGAUGGUAUCACCAGUCACCCACUCUGUAGGAAAUUGUGUGAAGAGAGUUGUGGUCAUCGUCUCUUCAGUUAUCUUCUUCCAAACUCCUGUUUCACCCAUUAACUCCCUUGGCACUGCCGUGGCUCUUACUGGAGUCUUCUUGUAUUCAAAAUCAAAGCGAAUGAAGCCAAAGCCGAAGGCUGCCUAAGUUGUAUUAAAGAAAAAGUGGUCAGUAUCUAAUUAUUCAACAGAGACUUUUAACUCCAAUCAGCUGAUGUAAAGUUUCUUGUUACACUGACAAAUGAUCAUAAAAUGUGCUAUCUUUGCACCCUUUUUUUCUUUAAAACCAAAUGUAAAGCAGUUAUACCUGACAAGCCUUUUAGGGGGCAUUAAAGCAAUGAUGUCCUUGCAUUGGGUUGUAGCAAUGGCUAUUCAUUCAUAUUGGAUUUUAUCAAUUGGCCACCUU